AUAGCUUCCGCAACAAGUAAUUUUUUCAUCAGUCUCUAUGAGUAAGAAGCUGAGCGAGAGAGAGCUAGACUCUCUGCAGAUCAAGCUCAACGAUUCAGGCCGUGAUACCUAAAUCAAGUUAGGGUUUUGCUCUGGUUCAAUCAGAUGAAAGUUUUCAUCUUUGUAGUCAAAAUGUCUCGGAGUCUUCGUGUGUGUGGUUACCAGAGGAUUCAUUCUGGUGUUUGCUUUAUUUGCUAAGGAUUUUGGGGUCUUUGCUCGGUUUCAAUGUCAAUAAAAGAACCAUCUUUUAUGACUGAGAUUGUUGAGGAACAUGAGAAUGAGAUGGAUGAAGCUGCAACGAGCUUGGUUAUGUUUUCUGAACAAGUUUAUGACUUUAAAUUGCCUCCUAAUGAUGAUGAUGAAACCAUGGAUUUAGAUCAGCUCACACCUAUACAAGAGAAGAUCUUAGAUUGUGUUGAGUGGAUACUAGAAUUGAGGGAAAUGAUUUCUCACUCGGGUUUCGAAAAGUUUACUACUUGCAGUGAUGUUGCUGCUCUGAGAAGUAAAUUGCAGAGUAACUCAAGUCGUAAAUGCAAUAUAUGUGGAAAGAGUUUUGGGUGUUAUCAAGCUUUAGGUGGCCACCAAAGAGUUCACAGACCGAUUAGAAGGAAAUUAGCGCGUAAAAGGGAGUAUGCUAAAGAUGAUAAUUCAUUGUUUGAGUCAUCAGAUGCUAAGAAGAUUGUUUUAAAACCAUCAAAAUUUGAAGUCUCUAAGGAGGAGAAGAUCUUAGAUUGUGUUGACUCGAAACAAGGGUUCAGCGAACUGCUUCCUCGGAAUAGUAAGUCGCGGAAAAUACCUGAGAGUAGCUCCUGCUAUGAAUGUAAGAUAUGUGGAAAGAGUUUUGGGUGUUAUCGAGGUCUAGGUGGCCACACAAAACUUCACAGAUCGAUGAAAGGGCAAUUGGCGCGUACUCAAGAUGAUAAUUCACUGUUAGACUCAUUAGAAGCUAAGAAGAUUGUUUCACAACCAUCAAGCUUUGAAUUCUCUCCAGAGGAGAACAUCUUACAUUGUGUUGAGUUAAAACAAGACUUCGGUGGACUGCUUUCUCAUUCGGGUGCAUUUCCUUCUACUCUGAGAAGUAAAUUGCAGAGAAAAAAUCAGAGCAAAUCAAGCUAUGAUUGCAAAAUAUGUGGGAAGAGUUUUGUGUGUUCUCAAGCUCUAGGUAAUCACAAAAGAGUUCACAGACCGAUUAAUGGGAAAUUAGCGCGUAAAAGGAAGUACACUGAAGACUAUAAUCCACUGUCUGACUCAUUAGAAGCUAAGAAGAUUGUUUCGGAACCAUCAAGCUUUGAGGUCUCUGAGGAGAAAAGCUUACAUUGUGUUGAGUUAAAACAAGACUUCGGUGAACUGCUUGCUCACUCGGGUUGCAGUAACACCAGGUUCAUUCCAUUACCUUCUUCCCUAAGAAGUAAAUCACACUCCAACAUAUCGAUCAAAGGGAAAUUACCGCGUAAAAACGAGAAAACUGAAGAUAGUAAUUCACUGUUUGGCGUGAAUGACUCAGAAGCUAGCAAGUUUGCUUCACUAUCAUCAAGCUUUCAAAUCUCUCAGGAGAAGACCUUACACUGUGUUGAGUCGAAACAAGACUUCAGUGAACUAUUUUCUCACUCGGGUUUCGAUAAGUUUACUUGUUGAACAAUAAAGGAUAUGUUUGGAG